AUGCGCUCUCGCCGGCACCACCAUCGAGCUGGCCCCGAUGGUCAUCACCACCCCGAUGAUGACGCCGACGAAGAGGCUCCCGAUGCCGUUCUCGCCACACACCACGAUCAACCUGAUGCCGCCCUCCUCAUGGGCCCAGACACGCAAAGCCAGCCCGCCGACCCCGAAUUUCUGGCAGCUCGAGCCGCUGCCACUGCCGCCAUGGAUCAAAACGUCGCACUCGGUAGCGUUAUGCCCCCUCUCAACCAACAACCCCUCUUUGCCCCAGCCCCGCGUCGCAAGGGCAAGGGUGGCAAGCGCUCGUGCGUCUGUGCACGGGGCGCCAUGUGCAUGAAGGCGCAUCCCGAUUGUGGUGAUGUUUCCCUGCCGCGCAACGAGCAACGUGCACGCCUCUGGCUCUCCAUCCUCAAUCCCACCAUCCAAGACGCCGACGUGGGCAUGUGGCUCAAGCGUGGCAAGGCCAACAACGCCCGUGUCAACAAAAUCCACUUCCCCCUCAACAUGCUCACCCGCAACGCCGGUGGCAAGGUCCAGGCCCGUCGCGAUGCCCUGCCCAUGGCCGAUCAGCAAUGGACCGAUGUCAAGGAACUCGACUCGGUUGGUCACACCCUGCCCGCGCACACCUGCAUUUGCAGCAAUCCCGUCGGCGCCUGCGGCAACGUUCGCGUCGUUGGUUGGGCCCGACUUCCCAACGAACCCAUGCGCCGUCAAAUCUGGCUCGCCGCGCUGAUCCCCGAUCCCGAACACCGCCGCAACUUUGAGGAGCACUACGAUCGAAACCGCCAUCUGGGUUGCGUGUCCCAUCUCCACUUUCAUCCCUCCCAGUUCAAGAACAACGGCGAUAACACGAGCAAGAAAAUUCUCGACCCCAAAGCCAUCCCCCGCUACCAGCCCUACUCGGUCUCCGAGCGCAAUCUUCCUGCCUCAGAUGAGCUCUCCAUUCAAACGUUCACCACCCCUGACGGCACCCUCUACGCCACCACUGCCGACCCCAACGUCAUGCAAGCCGUCUACAUGGCGCCACCCGGUAAAUUGACUGGCUCAUUACCGCGGGUGUCCCCUUUUGUGCUCAUUCCCGCGGGUGUCCCCUUUUGUGGCGCCAUCAUCCAUCGGGUUCUCUGA